AUGAAGCAUGUAAAUUCUACGGAGUUUGAGAAUAAGAUGAUUCAUAAAGCAGAGGAAAAAUUUCUUGAGGCAAAAUCAAGGGGAACAAGUGCAUUCCAGAGGAAGGAGUAUUGGCAGGCAGUAUAUUGGUACACAGAGGCUCUCGAAAUCAAACCUGGUGAUGCAGCUGUCCUAUCCAACAGGAGUUUAUGCUAUGUGUAUUUAAAUAAGGGAGAUCCUGCUUUCGAAGAUGCUAGUCAAUGCGUGUUGGCAAGACCAGACUGGCCUAAGGCGUAUUAUAGGGCAGGUGUAGCACUCAAACUUCUGAAUGUACCGAGGCUUGACGAUGCAGCAGAUGCCUUUUCCAAUGGUUUGAAACUGGAUCCUGAAAAUAGAGAGCUUCAAGAUGCAUUCAGGUUAGGUGCCAUUACAUUUAUUACCAGCCCUACAGUUCAUUUAUUACUUCAAGCAUUACUGCUUAGCUGGUUUAUCAUUUGA